CAGAUAUCCGAUUAAGUCGUGAUGGGCGAUAAUAAUUCGGACAAGAAAACUCAGAUCCUACUGCAAAUAAAAUGAUUAAGAAAUAUCUAAUACUGAUAAAUCCAAGGAAAAGUCAAAAAAGACCUUUUCUGGCUUUUAGUGCCUGUCAGAAGUCAGACUAAUUAUAUGAGAUGAUUUAGAUGUAUGUGACGACUGCAUUAAAAAGGGGUUUUGUUCCACUUGAACUGCAGAAAUACAGGACUAAUUAGAGUUUUCCUGGAAGCAACUGCAAAUCAAAAUUACCGUCCACAAUUUGGAUAUAUAUGAUAUAUCUUUCUUUUCUUUAGAUAUGGGUUAGAAUGAAAGCCAAUCCUUGAAGCUGGAGAAUUUUUAUUAAUCUGGUUUGCUAGAGGAUAUUUAUGCUUCUGUAUUUAGAAGAGUGUUCUGUUAAACUAGGAUUGAAAUAGAAAAUAACUUUAACUGUAAUGAAUUCAAAUGCAAAGCUAGACAAAGCAGCAGCUCUUGAUGUGAUGGGUUGAAAAUCAUAUUACUUGGGGUGUUAUUAUCAGGGUACGCAUUUUUCAUGAACCAGUUGCCACUUGGGGUUCAAGACUAAGGACCGCUCAAGCCUCCUUGACAUCAUGCUCUUAGCCUGCUUCUGAUACCAUGUUGAGGUUUUUAAUGGACAAAACCUUUUAUUUCCUGCUGGGUACUCAAGACCUAGCCAUUUCUCGAACUUUUACUUGUUGGGUACUAGAUGCUUAAAUACUUCUCUACCUUUUGUUUGCUGAAAUUGCCCAAGGCUUAGCUACUUCUGUUUGUAGUGUGAAAGCAUGAAUGAUUUCCAAGCUUCUGCCUCUUUUAGAUUUGUUUAAACAAAUUAAGCUGGUGAAGCUCAACUUCAAGGCCUAGACAGGGGUCAUCCACGUUCAGAACAACGCCAGUAGCUUGAAGAGGAAGCUCUACAUGUCAGCAAAGACGAGGAGAUAACUCUGGAUAUAAUAAUACGUGAUAAUCUUGAUCUGAGUGCUUUGGUUUGUUAUACCCCUGUCCCUUUGAAAGAAAAGCCUUUCAGUGGCGCUGACAGAGCUCUGGGAAUUAAGAUCUGAUGGAUAGAUUAGUGGCUUGUGAUUUCUGUGAAGAAUCACAAGCAAUAUUAUAUUGCGAAGCAGAUGCGUCAAAACUCUGCCUGUGCUGUGACAAUGAAGUCCAUUCUGCCAAUUCACUGGCCAAACGCCACUUUCGCGCCCAGCUGUGUCAUGUCUGUGGAAACAAUCAGGCGUCAAUUCGCUGUUGCACCCAAGACCUCCUUCUCUGCAAGAUAUGCCAAAAGUGUCACAUGGCGGCAGGGCAUGAGCAUGAAACCAUUGAGGGAUUUGAUGGCUGCCCAUCUGCGAAACAAUUGGCUUGCAAAUUUGGUUUUGAUAAAGCUGUGUUCAAACAAGUUGGAUUUUCAGGUUUAGGGGCUAAUGAUAUCAUUGAUAAUCAUAAAACUGUCAAGAGUUACAUGUAUGAUGAUUAUGACUCGCUGAUUUGUGUUGUUUCGGGAAGGAAAACAGUGGAUCCGUGGCUCGACGAUGGGGUUGUUCCACUUGAAUCGUAUAUGACCUUGCCCUCUUUCAAGAAGCCUUUGACUCCAUGCAUUGAGGCACAUUGCAGCAAACACGAACGGAUAAUUUACCAACAGCUGCUUCAAUUGCUGAAGCAAGAAAAUAAUUCUGAGGCACAACAUAGGGGUAAUGUUCAGGAUGGAGCAAUAUCUGAUUCAAGGCCACCCACACCUAGAGCACUGCAAUGCUCUCCCAUGUUACAAAUUCCAGAUACACCUCAUCAACAAGAUGGGUUAAACGAAAGCCAAGCAGGGAUGGAUCAAUUGCAAGAUCAAGCAGGAUAUUCAGAGUUGCAGUGCAUCACACAACGGUCACUUGAGAGAAUGCAGCACAUAACUUCUAUUUCAAUGCAAAUGCCACAAGAAACUAGCUAUCAAACAACUGAAGACAAAUUUGAAGAUGCUCUGUUGUGGUUAUGUCAUGGAGAAAUGCAGUCCAAACAGUUUCUGAGCUUGAGCGCACAACCCUCCAAAAGCUGCAAAGAUCAGGAAGCAUCAAAAAGAUACCGUACUCCUGAUAUGGGCAUCAGCGUUGUUACUCGUGAUGAUUCAUAUCAAAAUUCUCAUGUAAAUUCGAUGCCACCUUCCUGUGACAUUGGAGCAUUAAAGUGCUCUUCUGGAUGGCAACCUAAAUCUUCAUCAAGUCUUCACUUUGCUUCAAAAGAUCCUCAGCUGAUAAACCCAACUGGCAAAAUUCAAACUGACAUGCAUUGCCUUCAUGGGUCACCUCCUGCUCCAAUAUUUUCUGCUCAACUUGCAAGGUCUUAUUCAGGUUUAACAUCACAUGACCAAAAAAUUGGUACACCUGAUGUUGAUAAGGAGCAACAUAAGCUCAGGAAUGAACAAGCAUUAGCCAAGGCUAGAGAUAAUGCUAUGGUACGCUACAAAGAAAAAAAGAAGACAAGAAGGUUUGAAAAACAUGUGCGCUAUGAAUCUCGUAAAGCUCGGGCUGAGGUCAGGCUUCGUGUCAAAGGUCGCUUUGUCAAGGCGGAAGACAUAAGAGAAUGCAUGCCUGUAAACUAUAACUAAAGAUAUAUUAUCCUGCCCUCGAUUAUCAGAUACAGUUCUUUGUACCAAUAUACCAGAGCCUACUUUUCCAAGACCCUGCGCUAACAAUGGUGUGCAGGAAUAAAUUUUCAAGAAUUUACAUUUACAAUCUUUAUCUCUGCAGCUGAAAUAUUUAUUUUCAAUGCAAGCAAUGCAAAAGCCUUAUUGCAUGAAUAAAUAAUCAUAUUAGAAAAAGUUGUUUGAAUUGGAUAUAUGCUUAAUGUGAGCUGCAGUAUCCUACCUUUAAAGACAACUUGCGGAAAUUCCUAAUAUUCAGUUUACCUACAAAUUCGUUUUUAAGUAUGUAACAUGAAAUGCAUGUGAUUCUCAGCAGAUCACACUACUGAAGCUUAAUGAUGUUUUAAAGAAUUAGAAGAACUUCAACUGCA